UGGGAGGAAAAACAAGAAUAAUGUCUGGCAGAGGUAAGGGAGGCAAGGGCCUUGGUAAAGGAGGUGCAAAGCGUCACCGUAAAGUGCUCCGCGACAACAUCCAGGGUAUUACCAAGCCGGCUAUCCGCCGUCUGGCUCGCCGUGGCGGCGUCAAGCGUAUUUCCGGUCUGAUCUAUGAGGAAACCCGCGGUGUGCUCAAAGUGUUUUUGGAGAACGUGAUCAGGGACGCCGUCACUUACACCGAGCACGCUAAGAGGAAGACCGUCACCGCUAUGGAUGUGGUGUACGCCCUGAAGCGUCAGGGACGCACCCUGUACGGCUUCGGCGGUUAAACGCUCGACUCGAACAACUUUAAACCCAACGGCUCUUUUAAGAGCCACCCACAUACCCAUCAAAAGAGCUUUUCCCUAUGCUCCAUUCAAUAACUAUAAAAAUGCCAGACUUUACAGUAUGGCUCCAUGUUUUUUUUUUUCUUUUAAAGGCAGCAUUACGCUAAAACAACUGGGCAGAAUAUUUGAACUAGCUUGACGGUAUCAAGAUCAACAUCGUUUUAUUUCAUGCGCUUUUGUGAGCUGAUGAGCGUACUGCUUGCUUGCUAGCUUGUAUGCGUG